CUUCUUCCUCCUCCCACUUAUAACUUGGCCUGAGGCAGUUCACGAUCCUACGGUAGCAUCACUCCUACACCUGUCGGUGAUCGAUUGAGCCUACGUGGCCAUCUCGCUGCAAAGCCUUAGAAGCGCACGGGACCGACUCUACAGUCAUAACGCUUCACCAACGCGUCCGUAGUCGACACAGCGCGCUUAGGAGCCACCUAUGUCAUCCCAGGAGGAGGAGCUCUCGCCGCCCCACGUCUCGGAACCCGAGCAGGCGAAGCGGAAGAAGAAGCAGAGGGCUUGCGACUACUGCAGACGCAAGAAGAGCAAUGGGGCAGAGAUGCCAGACCAUCGCUGCUCACGGUGCAUUCAACAAGAUCUAGAGUGCACCUAUGAGCCUAUCAAUACGCGUCCUCCCAGCAAAAGCUAUGUUCAGAUCCUCGAGAACCGCCUGCAGAACAUGGAGAAGCUGUUCGCCCAGCUCCAUCCCAAUGUCGAGAUACCGAAGGAUUUUGACGGCACUCUGGAAUCUGCACACUGGCGGAUAGCACCUGCGCUCACCCAGGCGAGCCCCUCGCCGCGUUCAUCUAUCAGUGUGGCGGGUGUUUCCCCGUUGCCUGUCGACUCUCCAUCUCCCGCCGACGAGGAUGAACUGGACACUAGCGAGGAUGAGCGUGAAGCCAAGAGGAAUAUCCUUGAGAGUCUCAAGCGGAUCACAAUCCCAGCUCACACAGGCGCAAUGCGGUAUCAUGGAAAGUCGAGCAACUUGAUGUUCCUCCAGAGCAUAAUCAAGCAAAAGUACCCGCGCUCCGAUCGCCCAAGAAGUGAGCCCAUGCAAGACAUACAACAGUAUCUCAAAGACAAUCCUGCGGAUUUCACGUUUUUCAAUACGGCUCCAAAAGAUAGGGAGGAGAGGCCGCUGAUGUGCGACUUCCCGGAACCUGAUCUCAUGGACAAAGUCGUCGACGGCUUCUUCGAGAACGUCAACGUCUACCUUCCACUCCUACACAAACCGACACUCCAGAACAAGAUCGAGGAUAGCCUACACCUUCGCGAUGGGCUGUUUGGAGCGGUAGUACUCCUUGUCUGCGCGAACGGUGCGCUCUGGGUUGACGAUCCACGGUUGGAGACGGACGAUGGCAAUGUGCCCGGUUGGAAAUGGUUCAUGCAGGUGGACACAGUGCGAUGGUCGAUCCUUGCCCGGCCGAAGUUGGAAGACAUCCAGGCAUGCGCUCUCACCGCGGCGUUCCUCGCAUCGUCGAAUCGGCCGCAAGGAAGCUGGACGGUCAUUGGCCUCGGUCUUCGAAUGGCGCAAGAUGUUGGGGCUCAUCGAAAGAAGAUGUACGCAACGACUCCCAACGUAGAAGAUGAGUUGUGGAGGCGUGCCGUGUGGGCCUUGAUCACUAUGGAUCGCAUGGCGAGCUUCGGCUUGGGUCGUCCCUGUGGGCUCCACGAUGAGGACUUCGAUCUCGACUUGAUGACAGAGGUCGACGACGAAUACUGGCUGAAUCCUGAUGCAGCACUAGCAUUCAAGCAGCCAGAGGGGAAGCCUUCGAAGAUCGCUUUCGCAAACUGCAUCAUUCGUUUGCAAAGGAUCCUUGCUUACGCCUCGCGGACUAUUUACUCAAUCAACAAGUCCAAGCAGACGCUUGGUUAUGUCGGACCGGAAUGGGAACAGCGGACAGUCGCGGAGCUAGACUCUGCACUUAACAAAUGGCUCGACACCGUUCCCGAACAUCUGAAAUGGGAUCCAAAUCGCCAGGACGAAUUCUUCCUGAACCAGUCAUGCACGUUAUACGCCAAUUAUUACCUGAUGCAGAUUUGCAUACACCGCCCUUUCAUUCAACCGAACAAGAGUAGCCGACUACCGUUCCCCUCGCUGACGAUUUGCACGAACGCGGCUCGUUCUGCGAUACACGUGAUGGACACCCAGUUCCAGAAGUCUGGCAAGCCUUUGGUACUAAAUCGACUGCCUCUGUUUACCUCCGGUCUUGUGCUGCUAUUGAAUCUGUGGGGUGGGAAGCGGUCGGGUCUGUCCAAUGAGAAGACCAUGACAGACGUGCACAAGUGCAUGCAGAUGUUGAAACAUCUGGAGCGGCACACCUAUGGAGCACGUAGGUUACGGGGUGUUCUCAAUGGACUCAUCUCUAUAGGAGAGUUUCCUCCCCCCGGGGGAUCUCACUUUACUGCGGUCGGGAAGCCUGACAUCGGUAACCUUAUUGGGACAAUAUUCGCCAACGACGCGGUGCAAGCUCCCAGAGACACGAAAAUUCGUGCCAAUGCUCCUGCUCUACAUAAGGCGGACGACGCUCGCAGAACUGGUCUCUCCCCAUAUUACUACUCCAAGCCGCCGAUAACCGCUACUUCACCUGCAACGUCAUCGCCUUCCAACUCCGCGCCCACCCUAGCUUCGAACCCUGCUACGAACAGUGCCGCGCCCAUGGACAUGUCCUUCGAACUUCCGCUCCGUACGGAAGAUUUGGGAAGGGUCCCGUUCCACUACGGAUUUAGCUCUCCGUUCGCCAAUGGAACUUCACACGAGCUUCAACUUCCCUCAUACGUGCAACAGCAACCGCUGACGUAUUACCCGGACCCCCAUCAGCACGAGCAACUCGCUUCCGCAACCAUUCCUCUAUCUGACGGCGGUAUAGGUGGCUCAGUUCAGCAGAUACCCUUGAACGGAAACAAUUCCGGGCCCGCCACAUUUGAGAUGUCGUUAGCAGAGUAUAGUCAAUUGCUAGCUGCGAUGUCUGUGUCGGCUCCGUCCCCUCCAGAAACCAACGGGCAACAGAUGUAUCCACAAGGGCUACAGCAGUCGACGGCUACUGCUGGGAGCAAUGCAGAUACUGAUGUGUCUAUGAUGUUCGAGGAUAAUAUGGCGGAGGUGUGGUCUUCUGCGCCUGCGUCGCUUGAAUGGGGCGACUGGGGAGAGUAUCUUAACAGCAUAAGUGGGAUGAACUACACGUUCACUAACCCACCUCAAGGGUUUUAAGACCAUCGACUAUUAUAGUAAUGGAUCUAAUUCGAUGUACACCAGGAGCCGUCCUAAUACCUCUUGUAUAGAUAUGCGUAAGCUACAUACCAGAUUCCUACUCAUGC